AUGUGCAGAUUCCAGCCUUGGGUGAACAGAUUGCCAAGACACAGGAAGAAAGCAAUGAGCGGCUCAUGGCUAAAGUCCGUAUUCAAAUCGAAGUCGUCCAAGAAGUCCAAGAAGGAGGAAACCAUCGCACAUGCUCUGCCGGACUCCGAACUUCAACAGGAAGACUGCAAGUACAGGGAGGUCAUGAGUCAUGGCAUUCCGCCCACGUCUUGCACGAUCGCCUACGACCACCUCUUGGGUCUCCUUGCCCUCGGCACGCUGGACGGGAAAGUGAAAGUUCUCGGGUCGUUGGGAGUAGAAAGGACGCUAAUGUCCCCCCACCUGUCUCGAGUGACUUGCCUUGAGUUUGCGGCUGGCAAGGGUCAGCUGGCAGUCGGAACGGACUUUCCUUCCCUGCUCGUGUGGAACCUGAGCCAGACAGAAUCUGGGGAACAAGAGUUGACCAACAUCAGAGUCUUGCACGCGAUCAACUCGAUAAGAUGGAUCCCAGGAACAGACUGCUUCUGCAUGAGCACGAGCGGGGCGGAGGUCAGGUUCUUCAGGAUAGGAAAUGAGAGUCUAUCCAAGCACAAGGUGACUGCAGAGGAGCUUCAGCUCUCUGGCAAGGACACGCAUGAGAUCACUAGCGCAGAGCCUUCUACGGAGCACCAUCAGGUCCUGGUGGGAGCCAAGGCAGGUCACUUGCUACUCUGGGACUCACGCAGCAGCUCGAUAGCACGGCGAUACAUGGGCGCGGCGAUCGGCUCGGAGCUGGUGCAUGCGGGUUACACUUCGAGUUGCAAGUAUGUAGUUGCAACCUAUGCCAAUGCAACAAUGCAAAUUUGGCUUGCGGAGAAGGAGAAGAAUGUGCUAACACAAGUGAAGCUGGUCGAGGGCGUGACCUCGGACUUCGAGAGCUCCUUCCUUGGAAUGAGCUCCAUGAUAAUCGACACGGCGAAAUCUAAGAAGGGCAAGGACGAGCCCGAUGAGGCGUUAUUCGUCUUCUACCUCAAGGAUGGGAAGUUUUGCACGACUUGCUUCCAGGGGACGAACCUGAAAGACAGGGUGGAACUCUCCUGUGAUGAUGAGCAAGAGGGGGAAGGAAUCCAGGCAGUAAUCCCUGCUUUCCGGGAGCGUGAAGAGGCCCAGCAUGCAAGGCGCUACUUUCUACGGCUUCACUACGGAGGUUUGGUGGACUUCCUGCAGAUGUCUCCCGAGGACUCUCCCACAAGUUUGAGGAGGAGAAAUCUCCCGCAGGUGUUGAGGUCGAACUCCCCACUGUGCAUGGCCAUGACAACCCUCGUUCCCAUCGAAAUCGCCAGCCGACUCAUCAUCGACCUGUCGGAGUCUCCUGAGGAGGAGGAGGAGUUGGAGACUUAUCUGGAGGAAGUUUACAGCCCUCUUUGGGGAGGGAGGAGGCCGGAGCCUCCGCUCACUCUCCCUGUCCCCUGCCUGCUCGUCACCUGCCACACGGGCGGUCGAGUCUGCCUGUGGAACGUCAGGACGGAGUCGCUCUUGCGUGUACGAGGAGUUCCAGCUCAGCGAGAGACGAGCGAUGAGAUCUUGAUGUCGAGCCUGAUUGUCGAUCAAUGGCAAAAGGGAAGCGAAGAGGCAGCGGCAGCAGCGGCAAGGGGGGGGGAAGGAGGAGGAGGAGGAGGAGGAGGAGGAGAUGGCAAUGAGACUCCUGGCCUCCUUCUCCUGCUUGCAUGCAGCGAUCACGUCGAGCUAUUGCGGUUUUGUGACCUGGAUGAUUUCAAGACAUUCAGGAGGAGGAGAAAAUUGCUUCCUGCUCGUGUGUUGGCGAAGCCAGGUCACGACGAACCGAGGAAGGACGCGAACAUGCUGAGAGCUGAGAUCAAAUACACCUUUGACGAGCAGGACGCACCCCAGAUGGUGAGUGAGGAAGACCGUGUGGUAGCUUCGCCCGAUGAAGUAGAGGAGGAGCAAGAGAUCAGUGCUGAGCAGGACUCUGAGAUCGAGGACGAGGAGGAAGCUUCUUCAGAUCCCACAAGCACGUCCAAGGAGCUGCAGGAAGGGGUUGUAGAUGCCUCUGAGGAGACAGGAGGGGGUGCCGAUCCGGACCUUCCUCCUUCACGGGCUCUUCCUCCCAUUCCAACCAAGACCGCAGCUGUUGCAGGGCAGGAGGAGAAUGAACAGGAAGACAAAGACUAUGGCAAGGAGGAGCUGAAAGAGCAUCAGAAUGAGCAUGUUCGCCAUGAACAGGAGGAGCAGGAGGAGCAGGAGGAGGCAUCCGAGCAUACGUACAGCAAGGGCUUCAUUCCUGUCCUCUCAGUCAGCAUGCAAAACUCGUCAGACAGCAGCAAUGGCAGCAGCAGCAUGCGGGUUCGCUGCGCCGUGUACGUCCCCGCAUGCCGGAUGCUGCUGAGCGGCUGGAGCAACGGCUGCAUGACCUUCACCAGCAGGCGGCCUGAGCACUCUGCUGAAGUUCUCGACACCUCCUGCUUGACUGCUAAGGGCAGCGGGAUCUCCGCCAUGGCGGCUGGGUGGGUGGCGAUGAGGGACAAGUCUCCUCCCCUUCUGACCCUCUUCGCUGCCGUCGACUCAGCUGAAAUCUUCUGCUUCCACCUGCCGUCGGCCGCUGAGCUGCCCAUGAGAAUCUCAGCGGCGGGGAUGGGAGGGUCUCCUGCCGUGUUCCUCGCAGGGCUGGACGAGAAUGGGACCCUGGUUCCCUCCUCCUCUCCCCGCCCUUGCCGCUUCCUCCUCGCCGUCUCCUCGCACGCCAUCAGGAUCUUCAACCUGCCCCUCGACGUACGAGGCUCCCUUCCUCUACAGCAGCAGCAGACCGACAUGAACAUUAGCGGUGCUGCGGUGCUGCAGCACAACGGGGAGAGCGUCCUGUGCUGCUGGGACGGGAGCGGAGAGGUAAGGAUUCACUCUCUCCUUCUGCUGCGGAACCUGGGGAGGAUCAAGCUACAGGAGCACCACUCCCUCCUCCGCCCCAACGCCCUGCAGACGAUGGCGGUGGGCCAGGAUGGGAGAGUCUUCGUGUCUGCUCCCUUCGGAGGAGGAGAUUCGUGGAACUUGAUGCGAGGAGCGAUUUUCACCGGGGAGAACGCGAUCCGCUACCCUCAGGUCUCUUCUAGCCUCUUCCUCGAGGAAGUGAAGGUUGUGCGGGAGGAGAGGACUGAGGCGCCCAAGGGAGGAGCUGAGGGGCUGCUGGGAGGGCUGCUGAGCAAGUUCAAGGGGAAAGAUGCGAAUCAGAGCAUGGAGGAGCUGCUGGAGGAGGAGGAGGACGAGGGAAGGCUGGCUGGCAGCCACAAGGUCGCCAAGGAAGAAGGAGACGCGGAGGCUGAGGCGCGGGAGCAACGGCGGCAGCUGUUUUCUGGGACGACGGUGAAGCCUGUGGGAGAGGGGAGGAGAGGGGAGGAGGGAGGGAGACGUGGAGCAGGGGAGGUCGCAGGAGCAGCAGGAGCAGCGAAGGAGGCCAUGAACGCGCUGCAGGCGAGAGGAGAGAAGUUGAAGGACAUGCAGGAGAAGGCGACGAGGCUGGAGAGUCAGGCCAUGGAGUUUGCUGAGAUGAUCCGCAAGCACAACCAGAAGGAAGCGUCGAAGAAAUGGUGGCAGAUCUGA